CUUCAGGCUGCACUGACAGAGACCAGGGACGGACGGUGGGCUCGUGAGAUAAGCGCGAAGACCUUUUAAAAUCCACGUGGUGCGUAAAAUUCACGUUUAUUCUUGACACUUCUGCAUGAAUAGAGGAAAUAGACGGAGGGGAAAUGUAGUCUCUAUAGAUGGAUACCAACCAGCACAUCUACUUUUGAUGCAAACAAGAGGAAAACGCUCCUAAUGAAUGGCAAUUUAAACGUGGCGAAAUUUGACUGUGGAGUAUUAUUCUAUGUAAACUGUGGAGGCUAGUUGAAUGUUCUCGACAUAGGUAGUAGCCUAUUAAUAAACGCUAAAGUGCCAAGCUCAGACAAACGGCUGUAACCUUCACGGACUCGUUUUUGUGGUCUCCCAUGGAUAAGUUACUCUUUUUAAAUGCACGUUUCUCCAUAUUAGCGAUUAUUUUAAUUACAUAAUUUUCUUCAAAACAACCCUGAUAUCAAAAACGGCAGAGAGAAGUGAAAGAUGAGCUUGACGUUUUGAUGGAACUAUUUAGGCUACAUAAAGCACGCGUUGGGUGAGUCACCUGCCCAAAAAGGUAAACACGCCUUUACAGAUCUGAGCUUUAAACUCCAUCCAAAAUGAUGACCAACGGACCCAACAUCGUUUACGAAUGGCUGAAAACCCUUCAACUGUGUCAAUAUGUCAAGGCAUUUGUGGAUAACGGAUACGACGACUUGGAAGUUUGCAAACAGAUCGGAGACCCGGACUUGGACGCCAUAGGGGUUUUCAUACCGCACCACCGACAGCGCAUUCACGACGCGGUGCAGAGGUUAAAAGAUGAAGAUAAGGAGACUGCAACUGGGCUUUAUUUCACCCUGGAGCCGAUGUCCCCGGCCUCACCUCUGUACACGAGUCGCAUGACCGAGUUCAAGCUGCGGGGCUCCAGGUCAUGGACUGAACAGAGCGGCAACAGAGCCGGGCGCGCUGUAGGGUACAUGGGUGGACCGAGGAAUCUGACUCUGGGGAACCGGAAGGAGCUGGAGAUCUACCCCAAACUGAAACUGAAGAUAAUGAUCAGGGAUAAACUCAUUAGGGACGGGAAAAACCUUGCCAUGCCGCCAUAUUCUAAUAAGGAUGGCUCUCUGGGUAAUAUAGAUGACCUGGCACAAGAGUACUCAGAGUACUACAACACAUACUUCAGUGACGUCAGCGAUCGGGUGGAGGAACUACGCAAGCGGCAAGUCUCUGAAGAGCUAGACAUGGACAAAGCAGACACCAGUUCUGGGUCUUCACAACUGCAUUCAGACCUCCAGGAGUCAUUUGGCUUCAGUAGUGAAGUUUCCACUCCAGAGAUGGAGAGAAAAAUUCCUCUGCACAAGUCCAGCUCUGAGGAUGGAUCAGGAAAAUGGGACAACAAGAAGAAAAACAAAUCCUUCUGGCAAAACUUCCGAAAGUCACAGAAAGGGGUCACAAGGCAAACGUCAAAAGGAGAGGACAUUGGAUAUGUGGCCAGUGAGAUCACUAUGAGCGAUGAAGAACGGAUCCAGCUGAUGAUGAUGGUGAAAGAGAAGAUGAUCACAGUGGAGGAAGCGCUUGCACGGUUAAAGGAGUAUGAGAGGAGCAGGCAGUUGAGCUCCAGUACAGACACAGCUGAGUGGACUGAUGGAUCCAGUCCCACUGUUAACCUCUCCUCCGCCUGUAAUUCUGUGGAGCAGUCAGAUGAUGAGCAGGAGGACUCUGUGAAGUUCAAGAGGCUUCACAAGCUAGUCAACUCAACUCGACGUGUUCGCAAGAAACUCAUCAAAGUGGAUGAUAGCAAAAGACAUGGCUCGCAAGAUUCUCUAAGUCUGGAUGGAACUUCCUUAUGUGAUGAUUCAAAUGCACUGUAUGCAGGGGUCCACAAGAAACCAGCGUUGUGCACGGACUCCUCUUUGUCCUCCCUUGUCCAAGAGCAGCUCUCUCUAGAUGGGGACACUGAUAGCCUGACCACCUCACCCUCCACCAGCAGUCUUGAGGCCUGGAAACCUGCCCACAAGUUAGUGAAGGCCCCUAGCACACAUCCCCAUGGACUAAUCCGCCCACCACGCAAAAGCAGUGCCGGGUCUGAACUGGAUGUAGCGGGAGGUAGCGGCUCCUCUUUCUCGGAGUUGGAAAGUUUGGGAGACGAAAACUCUAAAGUCUCCCGAUCAGCGACUGAUGGGGAAAUGCGAAAGGCCUUGUCAUCUCUAUCUCAUGGGAGAACAUGUAGCUUUGGAGGAUUUGAUCUGUCUAAUCGUUCCCUCCAUGUGGUCAACAUGGCCUCUGAGCCUAGCGAGCAGGAGGCUCUUUACAGGGAUGCAGUGAAAUCUCCCACAACAUCCCGCAUCUCUCUAGGGAAGAAAGUCAAGUCAGUCAAAGAGACUAUGAGGAAACACAUGUCCAAGAAAUAUACCGCGUCUCUCUCUGAACAGUCCAGUCCAGAUGGGACAACCAGUUGUCCACAGUCACCUCAGCCAGACACAGACGCUCUAGAGAAGCCCAAACUCAAAGCAGGAGGGUCUGUAGAGAGCCUGCACAGCUCCCUCAGUGGACAGAGCUCCAUGAGUGGACAGACAGUGAGCACCACAGACUCAUCAGCCAGCAAUAGAGAGAGUGUGAGGAGCGAAGAUGGUGAUGAUGAAGAGCCUCCAUACAGAGGCCCAUUCUGUGGUAGAGCACGAGUUCACACUGACUUUACACCCAGUCCGUAUGACUCAGAUUCACUCAAGCUGAAGAGAGGAGAUGUGAUUGAUAUCAUCAGUAAGCCGCCCAUGGGCACAUGGAUGGGUCUGCUUAAUAAUAAGGUGGGCACGUUUAAGUUCAUCUACGUGGAUGUGUUGGCUGAAGAAGUGGAGAAGCCCAAACGAGCAGUUCGGAGGAGGAGGAAGGGCAGGCCACCCAAACCCAGCUCUGUGGAGGAGCUACUGGAGAGAAUUAACCUGAAGGAACAUAUGCCAACGUUCCUGUUUAAUGGGUAUGAAGACCUGGACACAUUUAAGUUACUAGAGGAAGAAGAUCUAGAUGAACUCAACAUCAGAGACCCUCAACACCGAGCUGUUCUGCUGACUGCUGUAGAACUACUGCAAGAUUAUGACAGUAGCAGUGAUCCAGAGCGCAGCGCCCUCUCUGGUUCACAGGAGAAACUUCUCUGUGAGGGGCGUGGCCUCAUGGCCGACUCCCCACGGGACUCUGGUUGCUACGAAAGCAAUGAAAACCUAGAGAAUGGUAAGAGUCGUAAGGCGUCACGCCACAGUCGUGGUUCAUCUGGAUGUGAAUGUGGGGGUAACAAGUCUCCAGACUACCCCACUCUCCCUAUGACUCGAUCCACUGAAGCCCUUCAGCAACAGUCCAAGAAAGAACGCAAGUUCCCCAAGACUUUUAUCCCACGGCCCAUUAAGGGCUUUAGUCUACGAAGCCUUGGCCUCAAGAAGGGUUCCAAAGCAGGACAAACCUCGCACAUGCCAGUUAGCCGUAGCUGUGAGGAGUUGGAUGGCCCCCAGGAGACCCCUCUGUCUUGGAAGCGCUCACAUUCUCUGGGGGAUCUACACUGGGAGCAGUCUUUCGAUCAGAGGAAGGACCACCAGGUCCAGAACCAAUGUUGCAACACUCAGAGCAGCAAAGUAGAAGUAAAGGUAGAUCCUGUAAAAUCAAAACAGGAACAGGGUGCAGAUAAGUCUCUAAGUGAUACGGGCUUGGUGGGGAGGCCUACAGUUCCCAAACAGCUGCCUCUCAGUCCGGUCAGACCCUUGCCUACAGCUCAGACCUACUACUGCCAACCUGCCUCUGUCCCAACUAGACCCACUCCAAGAACUCAUCCUAAAAAGCCUCCUGUUCCACCUCCUGUGCCUGCUAAAAAAUCAAAGGAACAUCUGCCGAAUGGACUGCGCCACCCUCCACUGGUUCUGUCUGGUUCAGUGCCAAAUACACCAACUUUACCCCCAAAACCUAUACACACCCCAUCCACUCCUUCUGAGGGUGCCUCACCAACCCCAUUGUCCCCGGGUGUGCCUAGAACUCCUCCAGCUCUAAGUCCACCAUGGUUGUCUGUCCUGCCUGAAUCGGCAUGUCCUCAGAUGCAUGGAGCUAAAGUAGCCCUAAGCAGGAAGAUCUCCCAUGUCAAAAUGGUUGACCUAGAGACACUGCUGGAGGAGAGGAUGCGGUCAGAAGGGAUUUAUCUUACCGAAGAGCCGUACUCUGACAAACACGGUCGGUGUGGUAUUCCUCAGCUCUUAAUACAGAGAUACUCGGAGGACUUUCAGCAGCCAGUGAAAGACGUGGCGUCCAGUCUGGAUCAGAUCAGAGUUAAACAACUCCGCAAGGAGCACCGCAUGGCUAUUCCCUCUGGAGGUUUGACUGAAAUGUGUCGGAAGCCUGUUUCUCCCGUUCAUGUGAGCUCUGUUUCUGAUUGGCUUGUGUCAAUUGGAAUGCCUAUGUAUUGUGCCCCUCUGUUGGCUGCAGGCUUUGACACUCUGGGCCUUUUGUCAUCCUUAUCCGAGGCAAGAGUGAGAGAGGCGGGGUUAAAGGAGGAGCAUCACAUACGUAUUCUUCUCAGUGAGGCCCAUAUAGUCACAGCCAACAGCUCAGUACAGUCAUAAUACUCACAUGAGAUUUUAUAACUGCCAUGAACUUGAAUAAAUGGAUUGAACUCAGCUGCAGGUAAAGAGACAUGCUUGAAACAGCAUAUCAAGAACUCUCGGUCUUUUCUGGUGUUUUAUUAUUAUCAGCCUUCUGACACUAACAAAGAUCUGACUUCCAAGGACUGUUACUGAGGACCUGUCAACUAAUGUUUCCAUAGAAACAUCUAGAUUUGGUCUGAACUGACUGCCUGUCAGAAAAAGCACACUUUGUUUUCAGAGAAUUUAUGCUUUGAUAUGAAUUUAAAGACUGUUAAACCCCUUUCUCACUUUUUUAGAAAGUGUGAGAUUUACUUAGAAAAAAAAAAUGUAAAGGAAAAAAGUUUUUAGUGCUUAUUAAAGCUAUGAAGAGUAUGUCGCCUGGCCAAAGCAAUUUCAUUUCAUGCAGGUUUUGUUAAUAUAAUAUUACUUUUGUCUCAGAACAUAUGUAUAUUAAAUAUAUAUCAAAAGAUGUGUCCUUUUUCGUAAGUGGAGUAAAGGAUAUGUUUUUUUUUUUUUUU